GGAACGAACGCAAGUUUACCCGACUGCUGUUCCCGCUGUUCAUUCUUGUGACGUUUCUUCCGUUUUUCAUGCCCUGAAUGAAACAUGGGGGAAGCCGAGCCCGUUCCUGCGGACGAGAAACAGGCCGACUCUGGGUUAAGUUCUACGGAUGAGUCGGUAAUAUGGAGCCAAGAGGUGGAAGUGUGUCUCUUUCACGCCAUGCUGGGUCAUAAACCUGUUGGUGUAAACCGUCACUUUCACAUGAUAUGUAUUCGGGACAAGUUCAGUCAAAAUAUUGGAAGACAGGUGUCGUCGAAAGUCAUCUGGGACCACCUUAGUACCAUGUAUGAUAUGCAAGCUUUGCAUGAAUCCGAAAUUUUGCCUUUUCCUAAUUCUGAAAAGACCUUUGUACUACCAGAAGAAAUCAUUCAAGAGGUGAAAGAAGGUAAACUGGGCUCUGAAGAUGAUGUGAAGGAAGAGUUUAAAGAGGAACGUGAUCCUCCUGCAACGCAUGAAGAAGGCAGCAACUCCUCGGUGAAGAUGGCCGUGGAGAAGCCAAGCGUGCGGGACAAGGAGAGGGAGCGGGAACGGGAACGGUCCGAGAGGGCCCAGGGUGAGGCCGCCCAGCCCAAGGAGGUGGUGGGGGAGAAGAGGAAGAGGAACCGGGCCACCGAGAAGGUGCUCAGCUCCAGCAACCCCUCCAGCCCCGGCGGGGCCAAGCGGCGGCGGACGUAGAGUCCCCUCAAAAAAGGAACGGUGCCCCGAGAUGGACGUAGCCCUGAAGCCAGAGACAAAUGGCAGGUGUCCUGACACAGUUAUUUGGGGGUG